AUGUCGAGUCAGGAGGCAGCCUGCGAGCAGUUCCAUCCUGUGUCAUAUCUGGACAGAGAUCGACACCCAGGUCGGAUAACGAAUGCGAUUGUCAGUUCUUGCGGCCUUGAGCUGGAGCGCAGGAACAACUUGAAUACCAAGUUAGCCAUUGCCGAUGACCACGAUCUUCUUGUCAGUCAGUCCCGUGUGAACAAGCUUGCCAGCGAACUGGUCCAAAUCGAUGAUGUUUGGUAUUUUGGUAUUUCCACCAAUUGA